CUUUGCUUCCUCUUGUUGACCUGGCGACUCGCUCAUUGCCAUGGGCCCGAACUGUGACCCCCUUGAUCCAGGACUGCUCCGCAAGAUCGACAGGACCGCGAAAGCUGACAAGAACAUCUUUCUCACAUCUUUCCUGCGCGAGCAGAGAGAGAACGCCAGAACCUAUGCCGCUCAAGGCCAGCUAGAAAUGAAGACCUGGAAAGAAGAUACUACGCCGUCUCAACGACAGGAUACCGCCUCCAACCUUCAUGUCCAUUCUCCCGCGAUCUCGAAACCACUCUCUCUAAUUGGCUUCGAUACGCCUGUGCUGAAGCCGCGAAACCGCCACAAGGUCCAGGAUACGCAGCGAAUUGAUAUAUCUCCAUCACGCACACCCGCAAAGAGGGCGAAGAAGACGGCAUAUGUCGUAGACCACCUUCCUUCCCCUGCAUCACAGUCAAGAUCUAAGCCUCUGGAUCGACGUCAACUUUCUCCGAAGGCGCCAAGGCGCUCGAAGGCUCCCAUGAAGUCGACAUCGAAGAAGCGGAUCGCCUGCGAUGAUCAUUCCGACGAGGACCAGGUUGCUCGUUUGGAGGAACGGAGGGAGAGAAAACGCGCUAAGCGAGCCAUCGUGAACCCAGAGAAGGCCGAGAUCGUCGUUGAGCCUGGUACCUCAUACUCGGAGGCCAAGGAGAGGAAGGGGAAGGGCAAGGCGAAGGCGAAGCGGACGAAGGGAUCGGAGAAGACUCCAGCUGCAUUCGCUCUUAUGCAUGGCUUUGUGGCUACGAACGUUGGGAAGAACCGCCUGACGAUGAAGACGCCGGUGCCCGUCGGAGUCUUCAACAAGGGGAAGGCUUCCGAGAAGACCCGGGUGAAGGACGCACCCGUCAAUAUAAGGACGAAGAAUACCUUCUCCGAAGGCCUCUUCCUGCAAGGGACCAGGAAGAAGGAACCCACGAGCAAGAAGCGACAUCGAACACCAUCCACCACUUCCUCGUCUUCUGCAACCUCUUCUUCGAGGUCUCGGGUCCGGCGGCAUCCGGAGAAUGAAUUUGUGCACGAGAAAGAGACCUUGCCGAGCCCGAUGAAAGACGAGGCAGGACGCUGUGUUUCUGAGGUCUGGGACAUCGAGUCGGAGGCCAGCGAGGAAUCGAAGAUCCGUACGCUGAUUCUCGAUACUGGUCUCCGCGGAUGGAACGUGCUCGCUUCGCCGCAGACCCCGCCGGCUGGUGGCCGAAGCAAAGGGUCGCCUACUAGCCCGCCCUUCGCAGAUGACUUUCACGUUCGCUCGAGCCCCUCGCUGCGUCCGUCGCAGUCAGCAUCACAAUGCGCUUGGAAAGGUCUGGCUCUUCGCCCAGAGGCUGCUCGCUCCGCUGUAUCGCAUUCGAAGUACUUCAAGCAGGUUAACGCUGUCGCAGACGAUGCGCCACCGACUGUGGACGACGUUGUCGGGGAGGCAGCUGACACUCCUGCGGCGUGGCAUUAUACCGAGAUGCCACCACCCCCUCGUCCUGUGCCAGCAGAGCAUAACUCAAGGCAUCGGGCACUCUGGGGGCGGGAACCUACGCCGCCUGCUGGUGCUGCGUCAUCGGAGGACCCUUCCCUUACACAUCCUCUACCGGGCGCACUAUCGAACGAGCUUAAAGAAUCUCAUGAAUCUGUGCUAGACGACGGCUCUUUCGUCACGCACAACUACUUCUCCGAGUGCUUAGCAUUCUCCGAUGGCUGUAUGGAUGAUCUUCCUGUCCAUACGAACAAUCUCUCCGGCGACUUUCUGCUUGCAGCUGAGGCGAAAUCUGGCGUUCUCAAUGGCGACGCUUUAGCUCUUGGGUGGGACAUCGGCUACGUGGCGCUGUGCGCCGAUGACGCAGAGGCCACGGCUGGAGAAGUGGACGGUCUGGAGGAUGUAGAGCAUCCGGUCGAGGACUUCAUUGGCGACGGCUUCGACUCCUUCCUCGAUAUGAACGACCUCGAUUUAGCUGACGAUCUUGGCGAAUACCCUUGCGACAAAGGCUUGGACCAAGUCGUUUCGUUCGUUGCUGGCGCUUUCGACGAUUAUACGGGCGUGCCACCACAUCACGAUCUCGUCCACUUUGAGGAUGGCUACUUCGCUGCCGAACGCUACGAAUCCAGCACAUGUGACGAAGAGGGUUGCACAGUCGAUCUGCGUACGCGCUGCGAUGGCUACUACUCUGACGUCGACUACACAGAGCGCGGCGAUGACUGGGUGGCAGCUGGAGAAUGGAGCGAUGACUCGGGCGGAUCAUUGUGGAUCGGCCAGGACCCUGAGGUGGCCAGUGAGCUGAACGAGGAUGAUCUCAGUUCCAGCCUGGCCACGCAUCUGGAUGUGCUGCACGCUUUCGCCGAAGGAAAGGCCCUCCUCAUGGGAGUUCCGAACACCUCGGAAGUGCUGAGCGUUGCACAUGGACGCGUCUCGCAGGCCGAAGCCGAUGUUGCACGCAGUCUACACGAUCACUGGACACCGUAUCGUCCGCUAUAGCGACAUUAUUUUUGGUUUGUUGUGGGCAGCUUUGCUGUCCAGUAUGUUAUGUAUGAUUGGAGAUUAGCAGUAUCUCCGUCACAAGGACACGCACGUUUACCAUC